UUGUGUGUUUAUGUCCACUCCACUUUUUGAUAAGUGUCCUUCUCCUUUAUGCCAUACAUCCUACUUUGUGUUGCUCUAAGAGAAAAGGGGUGGGUGCCCCAUGUUCACUGUGAAUAGGGAUUUAGGAAUAAUGGAUAAAGAAGAGAGAAGGAGAAGACAAAGCAAGAGAAAAAGUGUCUACAUUCAUCCUCCCAAUUUACACAUGCUUUUACAUUUUUACCCAAUAUUCCCUAUAAAAUCAAUCCAAAAUUUAGCACGAUUCAGUCCACGUCUCGUCAAUAAAAAUUCAUUUUUCUAUCUAUAUUCCCCAAAUUCCCCUCUUUUUUUCUCUCUCUCCUCUCUCCAUUAUUAGCUUCCAAACAGGCCAGGCGUAGAACCAGAGCUUGGCCUCCGCUUCCAAUGGCGUCCAUUUCCACACUCUUCACCAAAACCCCGAACCCAUCUCCAUCUCUAUGUCUCCCCAGAACCCCCAAGUCCCAUUUUACCCCCGCCUUCAGGCUCCCCAUUCCUCUCCAUUCCAAGACGAGAACCCACCAGAAGUUACGGGUUUCGUCCGCUUUGAUCGAGCCGGACGGUGGCAAGCUCGUAGAGCUCUUCGUGGAGGAGUCUCUGAGGGAUGUGAAGAAGAGAGAAGCCUUGCGGAUGCCCAGAAUCAAGCUCUCAAGGAUCGAUCUUGAGUGGGUUCAUGUAUUGAGCGAAGGAUGGGCCAGCCCUCUUCGCGGGUUCAUGAGAGAAUCCGAGUUCCUCCAAACUCUUCAUUUCAAUUCGCUCCGACUCGACGACGGCUCCUUCGUCAACAUGUCGGUGCCGAUUGUGUUGGCCAUUGAUGAUGCGGAGAAGCAUCAGAUUGGUGACUCCACCAAGGUCGCUCUCGUCGACUCCAAGGACAAUACGAUUGCGAUUUUAAGCAGUAUUGAGAUCUACAAGCACCACAAAGAAGAAAGGAUAGCCAGAACUUGGGGGACUACUGCCCCUGGUUUGCCGUAUGUGGAUCAAGCAAUAACCAAUUCUGGAAACUGGCUGAUUGGAGGUGACUUGGAGGUUGUUGAGCCAGUCAAGUACAAUGAUGGUCUUGAUCGAUUUCGACUAUCCCCUGCCGAACUCCGUGAAGAAUUCACCAAGCGCAAUGCUGAUGCAGUGUUUGCUUUCCAGCUCAGGAAUCCUGUGCACAAUGGUCAUGCUUUGCUGAUGACUGACACACGGCGUCGGCUUCUUGAGAUGGGCUACAAGAACCCUGUCCUCUUACUUCAUCCAUUAGGAGGCUAUACAAAGGCAGAUGAUGUUCCGCUUGGUUGGAGAAUGAAGCAACAUGAGAAGGUGCUUGAAGAUGGGGUUCUUGAUCCAGAGACAACUGUAGUUUCUAUUUUCCCAUCUCCCAUGCACUAUGCUGGUCCAACUGAGGUGCAGUGGCAUGCAAAGGCUCGCAUUAAUGCAGGGGCUAACUUUUACAUUGUUGGUCGGGACCCAGCAGGCAUGGGCCACCCAGUUGAGAAGAGAGACUUAUAUGAUGCUGACCAUGGGAAGAAGGUAUUGAGCAUGGCUCCUGGACUGGAACGGCUAAACAUCCUUCCUUUCAAGGUUGCUGCAUAUGAUAAAACUCAGAAUAAAAUGGCAUUCUUUGAUCCCUCAAGGGCUCAAGACUUCCUCUUCAUAUCUGGCACAAAGGUAUAUUUUUUGCAUAGGAAAAAAAUGCAGACCUCUUUUUUUAUUUCAUAUCUAAUGAUAAUCCCAAAAUGGCUGAAAAUUAUUCAGACUGGGCAUGCAUUUUUUUCAACAUGGAAAUAUUUGAUGGAUGAUGUUUCUGAACAAGGCCGCUACAUUUUGCAGAUGAGAACUCUAGCGAAGAACAAAGAGAACCCUCCAGACGGAUUUAUGUGCCCGGGUGGUUGGGAAGUGUUGGUGGAAUAUUAUGACAGUUUGGUGCCCAGCAACAACGGCAAAGUCCCGGAAACUGUUCCUGCUUAAAUGGAUUGCUGCCAUCUGAUUGGGAGAAACCUUAAAUCUAUUUAUCUCCAGUCUGCAUCAAACUAUGUUGCCAUCUGAUUUGGGAGAAACUUUAAAAACCUAUUUGUCUUCUGUGUGUGAUUGGUGAAGUUUGGUAAGAAUGGUGUGUGCAGAUCCUGUAAUAAAACCACGAGAAGCAGUGCCACAGAGGCAGACAUAUGCCUCUGUCUGUAAAUUAGAGUGCCCAUGGUUACAUCUUGAAUCGGUGGACCUGGGGCAACUGCCUGCACUGCACUGCACUACACUACUUUGUCAAUGGGCUUUUAUAAAGGACAUAGGUUUUAUGGCUUUUA